UGCAAAAUUAUUGCCAAAUAAUUAAAAUUAAAACUUAAAUUAUAUUUGUAGUCUAUUUCAUUUAUAUUUCAAAAUGUGGCUUCAAAAAGCUGUUUUAUCGAAUUGUCAGCGCAGGAUAACGCACUUUAUACCAAAUUGGAAUUCAUUGCAUCAUGCUAAAUCAAAACUUGUACCUCCAUCACAAAACCAUUUUUUAGUCAAUCGCACUUUUAGAACGAAUUUAAAUUUACAAAAACCCGCAAAACUCGACACAGGCUCACUUCAAGAAUUGGUUACAUAUGGUCCUAUACCACCCGGAAAUGUUUUCAAAGCACUUGUAUUUACAGGCGCAUUUAGCAUUGGUACAUUCAUGGGUGCUACAAUUCUGGAAUAUGAAAACACACGUAACAUGAUGAUAGAAAAAGCAAGACAAUCGAAACUGAACUGGAUGCAACGUAGACCGAAUGUGGCAAAUAACUAUUGGAAUAACCUGAAAACUGAUCUAAAACAAUUAUGGCAUCAAUUAGGUCCCGGUGAACAGGUUUUUGCACCAAUAUUCGCGUUUAACUUGUUAGUAUUUGGUUUGUGGCGUGUUCCGCGAUUUCGGCAAGUAAUGACAACAUAUUUCUGUUCGAAUCCAGUUGGAAAGGUUGUUUGUUGGCCAAUGUUUUUAUCUACGUUUAGUCACUAUUCUACUGUGCAUAUUUUUGCUAAUAUGUAUGUACUACACAGUUUUUCCAACGCUGCAGUGCUUUCACUUGGUAAGGAACAGUUUUUAGCUGUGUACUUGAGUGGAGGUGUAAUCGCCAGUUUAGCUAGCAUAGUAUACAAGGCUGCCAGAUCCCAAGCUGGUCUAUCAAUAGGAGCGUCAGGCGCAAUAAUGGCUAUAUUAGCGUAUGUGUGUACACAAUAUCCAGAUACCAAGCUGAGCAUAUUAUUCUUACCCACAUUAGUUUUCUCUGCAAGUUCCGCAAUUAAAGUCAUAAUGAGUAUAGAUUUAAUUGGUUGCGUGAUGGGUUGGAAAUUCUUUGACCAUGCUGCACAUUUAGGUGGUGCAUUAUUUGGACUAUUUUAUGCUUACUUUGGACACGAAGUGUGGCAGAAAAGAUUACCAUUUCUUACAAUGUAUCACAACUUUCGAAAAACAAAAUAGUUCCUUUUGCAUUUAGGAAAGAAUUAUAGCUGACAAUUUUUUAAAUACAAACAUAUAAUUUAGUUUAAAAUGUAAAGAAAAAAAGAUUU